UCAGGUCACACGGAUUUCAAUUCGUGGAUGGCGGUCCAGAGUUAAUCCCACGUCCAAGCCGGAUCUCUAAAAAAGGGAGCUGACUGGCAAAAAGGACGACAACACCGGAAUGAGGAAAUUGACGAGGGGCAAAGCCAUGUGCAAAACAAAGUUGUUCAUCCCUGAUAACCAUACAACCUGAUGAGCCGGGGGUCACUCCACUGAAGUCUCACAGAGGUGCUCCGUCUCUCCCCGAGAUAUCCAACACACAGCAGCCCAUCCAGGAGCUCUUCACCCGGCACCAUGUCUCUCCUCCUCAUCACGGUGCUGACUUCACUCAUAGUGCAGGAUGCUGAGGCUUGGAGCACCAAUGUCAAGUACGCGGUGAACUGCCCGGACAGAUGCAACACGGAGCGGUGCGGCGCGACGCAGCGCUGCGCACGGACGGUGCUGGAUGACUGCGGCUGUUGCCAGGUGUGUGCAGCCGGCAGAGGGGAGCACUGUUACCGCACCGUGUCGGGCAUGCACGGGGUGAAGUGCGGACCGGGAUUAUUCUGCGAGUUCUACAAGGAUGAGGACGAUUAUGGAGACGAAUAUGGGAUCUGCAAAGACUGCCUGUAUGGGACCUACGGAAUUGAGUGCCGCAAGACUUGCAACUGCAAAGGUGGCAUCUGUGACAGGGAGACAGGAGCAUGUCUCACCCUCAAAUUCUUUGCCAAAAUUGCCAGCAAGCUCAAGACUGACACUCAAGAAGGGGGAGAGGGGGGCUCAGGAGAGGUCAGCUCUGUCCAGAACACAGAUCAAGACACGACCAGAUCCACGGCUCCAAAGCGGCUCAACCCUCGCUGACAAGUCCUGACAAGACUGAAUCUGUUCAGUGUAAAUGUGGCAUUAACUUAUAAAUGAACUGAAAGAUAUAUUUUAUUAUGUUAAACGAUGAAAUACUUUUUUUUUUUACAGCAAUACGUUAUAUUUGGUUUGUUUGUUUGUGUUUGACACAAGCAUCAAUUCCAAUUAAGUAUGCAGUCUCUGUUAUUUUUUUGUUUUUGUUCAUCGUCUUUCCUUUUUGUACUCUGUUCCCAUGAGCUUCAAUCUCGAUCUGAUGUUCUCAUUUAGUGUGCCUUCAUAAAUUACUUUGGAGAAAAUGACAAGAAAAAUAUUGCAUAUAUUUUCAAACUGGACAAGCAAUAGUUGUUUCAUUGUAGUCCGCUAAACAUUUUGAAGUCUUCCAUUGUGAUAUUUAAUGUGUACUGUAUACAAAAGGGACAUGGGAAAUAUACUGUAUAUGACACCAGCCAAUGUAAUGAAUGCUCUUACAAUUAAACCAAAGUUAUCACUGA